UUCUACAAAUGCUCUGCGAUCCUUCUCUGUGGAGCCAUUUUCUGUCGUCUGCCUUCUCAGUACAAGCACUAAAAGGAAAGAGCUUCUCCAACUUCUCAAAAGCAUGGAUACAGCAGACAUGGUCCCAGUCUCAUCGGAUGAGCCAGAAUCCCACAUUCUCUGUGACUUGAAUGAGCCUCUUGUUGACCAUACAGAAGGCCAACUCUUCUUGAAUGAUACCUUUAAAAUUAUUAUGGAGGAGGUUCUCUGCAAGGGCACAGACAUUAAGCACAAGGUUUGUGAGUGGAAGGAGCCGAAGGAGCUGGCUCUGCUGCUGGAUCUGGAGCUAAGGGCCACGGGGGAGCCACAACACAGGCUCCUACAGAGAGUUCAAGAUGUCGCCAAGUACAGUAUCAAGACAAGUCACCCACGUUUUAUGAAUCAGCAGUUUGGAGGAGUGGAUUAUCAUGCCCUGGCCGGUCGAUUCCUCACUGAGGCUCUCAACACUAACCUCUACACCUAUGAGGUCGCCCCAGUGUUUGUGCUGAUGGAGGCUGAGGUACUGAGAGGACUGCGGCAGCUGGUUGGCUGGACAGAAGGUGACGGCCUUUUCUGCCCCGGGGGUUCUGCCUCGAAUAUGUACGCCAUGAACAUCGCACGCUACCAACAUUUCCCCGAAGUCAAAAGCCAGGGGCUGUGUGGUCUCCCAAGACUAAACAUCUUUACAUCUUCAGACAGCCAUUACUCUGUGAAGAAAGGGGCUGCCUUUCUGGGAAUUGGGACAGACAAUGUUAUCAUAGUGGAAGUGGAUGAAGGAGGCCGCAUGAUUCCAGACGACCUGGAUGAAAAGAUAACGCUUGCAAAAUCUCAGGGUGCAGUGCCAUUCUUUGUAAGCUGCACAUCAGGGACCACAGUGCGAGGUGCGUUUGACCCUCUGGACCUCAUAGCUGAUGUCUGUGAGAAACACAAGCUAUGGAUGCAUGUAGACGCUGCCUGGGGAGGGAGCGUGCUCUUUUCAAAGCAACACAGUCAUCUGCUGAAAGGGGUUUACAGAGCAAAUUCAGUAUCCUGGAAUCCACACAAGAUGCUGGUGGCUGGCCUGCAGUGUUCUGCCUUGCUACUACAGGAUACCACGGACUUGUUGAGAAAGUGCCACAGUGCCAACGCGACAUACCUCUUCCAGCAAGACAAAUUCUAUGAUUUGAAUCUGGAUGUCGGGGAUAAGUCAGUGCAGUGCAGCCGCAAGGUUGACUGUCUGAAGUUAUGGUUGAUGUGGAAGGCUGUUGGCUCCAUUGGCUUUGCCGAGCGUGUGGACAAAGCGUUUAACCAAGCUAGAUAUCUGGUCGAGCAAAUGAAGAAAAGAGAGGGGUUUCAUCUUUUGCAAGAGCCAGAGUUUGUGAAUGUAUGCUUCUGGUUCAUACCGCCCAGUAUGAGGGGGAAGGAAGGGAUGGCAGAUUACCAGGACAGACUGGCAAAAGUUGCUCCAGUCAUCAAGGAGCGCAUGAUGAAACAAGGCACUAUGAUGGUGGGCUACCAACCUUUGGGGAACAAGGUCAACUUUUUCCGCAUGGUUGUUUUCUCGCCACUGCUUACCCAGAAAGACAUGGACUUCUUCCUUGACGAAAUUGAAAGACUGGGAAAAGACUUGUGAACAAAACCCAACCUCCAUGAUGCUCUUUGACUGUCUAGAAUGCAAGGUUAUGUCUCAAAUUGUAACAAACAACCAAACUGUAUUCAACGUGUGUGAUUUGAUCGCUUAAGACAGCUGCAAUGAUAUGAGUGGAUAAUGAACAAAAAAAUAAAUGAAUAAAUAAGGGUCACUUUUCUUCAUAAAUGUCAAGAAUAAAAUAAUUAGGACUUCAUUUGAAGUAAAUCGAA